CUCCACCCCCAUCUCCGUGUAUAUGUGCUCACACAACGUCAACGCCGAUGGACAUGCGGCGCGCAGGUAACGCAAAGCCGACGCGGCGAGGCCGCAUUGCACCCGGUUUGUUGUCGCUUCUGCCCCGCUGAGGUGCGUUCGGACUCGCGCGGGGAGACCUGCGCGCACCUGGUGACGGCGUUCUUCUUCUGCGCUUUUUAACAGACUAAAAUGCACAGGCGCAUUAAGUCUAUAACUAAAAACGCAAGUGUGGAACUUAUCGGAUCGUACCGCCACAUCCGAGAUUUCUGCAGAGGUACGCCUACAUUUCCCAUCGGCCACCAAACUAGGUUCAGGGCUUUUUUGUGCGCCACCUUAAUCUGUGUUCGGGGGAGAACAAGCUGCCGGCGGUGGAGACAGAGGACAAGCAAGGAGCAAGGUUGGAUGUCCUUUUGCAUCCAACAUGUCUGUGGACUGGAUAGGAUACGGAUAUGCCACUCUAGUGGCAUCCGGAGGAGUCGUUGGCUACGUGAAAGCAGCUACAUCAGGAGCUCUGUCCGCCAUCAUGGGGAAGAGAUUCUAUGGGUCGAGGAAGUUCAUGCCAGCUGGUUUGAUGGCAGGAGCAAGCCUGCUGAUGGUGGGGAAGCUUAGUUUGACGUUGCUCCAGAAACCUACAGCGUCCUCAUGAGGUCAAAGUUCUUCAAGAACAGUAUUCAGCUUCUAUCUGGCCAUGUUAUGGAGCAUCCUCUUGGAAUUUGACAUUCUGUGUUACUCUGGUCAAAAAUGUUUGAUAAUAAAAUGUAUCAUUUGUACAGAAA